AUGUCGUCCCAGACCGAGAGAACCUUCAUUGCCAUCAAGCCCGACGGCGUGCAGCGCGGCCUCGUGGCCAAGAUCCUCGCGCGCUUCGAGGACCGCGGCUUCAAGCUCGUCGCCGUCAAGCUGCUCAGGCCCUCGCAGGAGCUGCUCAGACAGCACUACGCGGAGCACGUGGACAAGCCUUUUUUCCCCAAGAUGAGCGCCUUCAUGAGCUCUGGUCCCGUGCUCGCCACCGUGUGGGAGGGUAAGGAUGCGGUGCGCCAGGGCCGCGUCAUCCUGGGCGCCACCAACCCGCUGAACUCGGCGCCGGGCACGAUCCGCGGCGACUUUGCCAUCGACAUGGGCCGCAACGUGUGCCACGGGUCCGACUCGGUGGAGUCCGCGCAGCGCGAGAUCGCGCUCUGGUUCCAGCCGGAAGAGCUGGUGGAGUGGACCCCUGCGCAGGCUGCCUGGGUGUACGAGUAG